AUGACUGCACCCGGAACUCUUUCUCGGCUCGAUAUGGUUGAAAAGGAUAAUGAAGGCGAGAAGGAGACCGGCUCAGACACCCGACCAUUGAUCCACACGAGUACCUCGCUGAGGUACAGCAAGUAUCAAGUGCACAACUAUUUGGAUGAUACCAACGACAAUUGUUCUCUUUGUCACGACCUUUUAGUGCUGGCUAGCCGUGAAAGGCGGUUUUACACGUUCACUCCUUCACCCUUAUCGGGUCCUCCUCCACCUCCGCCUCCGCCUCCGCCUCCGCCUCCGCCUCCACCUCCACCACCUCCGCCGCCGCCUCCACCACCGCCUCCACCUCCUCCACCACCGCCACCACCAAUUGCAUAUUGCCCGCCUCCACCUCCACCGCCUCCAGGAUGCAGCAAUUGUAUAUACAGCCCCCAUGCCCUGAUAUCUUCAGGCGAAACAUUCAUCGCAGCCAAUUACUCCGGCGAAGGAGUUUCGGAUCCCAGCAGAAUGGUCCGCAUUCAACCGUCCCGCCGCAACGUGUUCAUGACUUCACACCAUGCACAAGCUGCCGACUUCAACGAGUUCGAAUGGCUGUUAAGGUACGCCACCACUGACCUCUGGUACGAAAAGCCAACCAAGUCUUCGCUGAAGCGUAUGAGGACUGUGGAAGAAUCUGGUGGUGAAGCUGACGAGCUUGCUUCGAGCAACCCGAAGCCGACCGAAGCCCAGACACCAAAAGUCUGGGCAUCUGUCGCGCUCACUACACCCACGGAUGAUGACAUCCACGAGUGCACGGUUGGUCAUACUGCCGAUGUGAUUGGAGCGCCUUACGUCAGGACAUGUCAACAGUGCACUGACGAGAAGUCGGAGGCAUUGGAUGCCACGGACUUAGUCUACUGUCUCGUCUUCACCAGCUACCAGAUUCAUGAUCCUUUUGCACCUGGCGGCUCAAGCACCGGCGGUCGACAGAUCUACAAGAUGGUCAAGUGUGGCAGUAGGGAAGCAGCCGUUGCGGAAAUCUUCCAUGCUACUGGGCUUAACGGGUGGAGCCUGGUCUUCAGCUGUGUCAUGAGAGUCAAUGAGGAUGUUGAGAAGAGAGGUCGAAAGUUCAAAAGAGUGGAAGACCUCUGGAUGCUCGCUGAUGAGGCAGAGGACGACAAAGAAUCUGUUAGAGUCUUCUACUGA